AUGGCAUCAAGCGACCCAUCCGACUACGCCCUCUUCCCCCAAUCCCUAAUUCCUUCUUCCUUAUCUUCCUCGUUACCUGAGGGCUAUACACUCCGCCCCUUACAUCGCUCAGACUACUCACGCGGCUUCCUAACCUGCCUCACCGACCUAACAUGGAUCGGCGAAAUCACAGAAUCCGCAUAUUGUGAACGAUUUGACUGGAUGGCUACAAAAGGCAAAGACUGGUACUAUUGCAUUGUUAUAGACGAUGGAAGCCGUAUCGUCGCUACUGCGACAAUGAUUGUGGAGAGGAAAUUUAUCCACGACUUUACAAUGGUGGCACAUGUCGAGGAGGUGUGUGUUGCGGCAUCGCAUCAAGGAAAAGGCUUGGGCUUGAUUGUCAUCCAAGCUCUGAAUGCGGUUGCCAAAGAUCUUGGUGUGGGAAAGCUGAUCUUGAAUUGUAGCGAGAAGAAUAUCAAGUUCUAUGAGAAGUGUGGGUAUUCGAUUGCGGGUCAGCAAAUGGAGCUCAAGUACAACAACUAG